UCAAGCUCUCUGUCACGACUCACAAUCUCACCCAUUCGACUCUCGUUGUCUCACUGAUUGACGUCCCGCUGCUCCCUUCCGCCAGUUUUGAUACUGUCCCUCUCGAACUGUGUGCGUCCACCUGUGGAUCAUAGAUCGUUUCGAGAGCUCAGUGUAGCUUGUGCCUGGCGUGCUUGGGUGUCGUAGCCAUUCCCCUGCUUGCGCCAGAACGGUGCCUGGGUCUGAAGAGCAUUCGAGUGUUCGUUUGUGACCUCGUUGGGUUGGUGAGCUGCCGUUGCAGUUGCUUGACUGCGGGCAUUUCUGGACAUGAUGGUACGCUUGAAGUUGGCGUCCUGAUUUUGGUGAUCAGUUUUUACAGAGUGGGUGACUGGCCGUUUCUUGCGUUCCUCGGUGGUGGACUGGUGUGAAUUGUGUUCAGAGGGCGUACAAGGUGAUGUCGAGAAGUGUUCAAUUAAUUCGCAUUAGCGACUGUUUUGGAACACAGUAGUUAGAAGGUAGCUGUCGAAGGGAGAAAGGUCCGUAGGAUGGCAGCCCCAGCAGUCGUCGUGGCUGGGCCGCCUCCGAUCAAGGAAUCGGAUAUGCACCACCACGCAUUGGAGCAAUUGCCUGGCCUGGCGUAUUGCAUCAACGAUAACCCGGGAUGGGGGACCUCAUUUGGUCUUGGAUUUCAGCACUAUCUGACAAUGGUUGGGACAUCGGUGUUGAUCCCACUAGUGAUCAUUCGAGCGAUUGGCGGAGAGCCGCACGAUCUAUCAAGGGCAAUUCAAUCUGUGUUGUUUGUAUCGGCGAUAAAUACUUUAUUGCAGACGUUUUUCGGUGCCCGACUCCCAGUAGUGAUGGGAAAUUCGUUCUAUUUCUUGCCGAUGGUGCUUUCGAUUGUUACUCGUCGAGGUAUUAUUGACUACCCGGACCCCCAUGAGAGAUUUCUUCGGGGAAUGAGAGCCACGCAAGGGGCUUUCAUUGCGGGAUCGUUCUUGAACAUCAUACUCGGUUUCAGUGGCCUGUGGGGCGUGACAAUGAGGUACAUCAGUCCCAUUGUCAUCGCGCCAGUGACAACACUGGUUGGAUUGGGGCUAUUUGAACGAGGGUUUCCAGGGGUGGCGAAGUGUGUUGAGAUCGGCAUCCCAGCCCUUCUCAUCUUUCUUGUGUUCUCUCAGUAUUUAAGGCACUUCAGAGCACGUGACCACCACGUCUUCGAGCUGUAUUCUAUCACCUUCGGUGUGGUCAUUGUGUGGGUCUUUGCAACGAUCCUUACAGUGGCUGGUGCGUACGAUCACGCCAGUGAACUAGGGCAAAGAAACUGCAGGACCGAUCGAUCAGGCCUUGUUUCGGCUGCUCCAUGGGUAAGGAUAUCAUAUCCAUUCCAAUGGGGCUCUCCAACUUUCGAUGCGGCCGAUGUCUUUGGCAUCAUGGCGGCCUCAUUUGCAUCUCUUGUGGAGUCGACGGGCGGGUUCUAUGCCGUAUCCCGACUCGCUGGAGCGACUCCUCCUCCUCCGUAUGUCAUCAGCCGAGGUGCUGGAUGGCAGGGGGUUGGGUUGCUUCUAAAUGGUUUCUGGGGGACGUUAACGGGGACCACUGUGGCACCUGAGAACGUCGGGCUGGUUGGGUUGACGAGGGUCGGCAGCAGGAGAGUAGUGCAAAUAGCCGCACUAUUUAUGUUUUUCUUUUCCAUCUUUGGGAAGUUCGGUGCUGUCGUAGCUUCGAUUCCUCAGCCAAUCGUGGCAGCCAUACUGUCUCUGACGUUCGGCAUGGUUGCUGGGACCGGAAUCUCACAACUGCAGUUCGCAAACAUGAACUCGACGCGGAACUUAUUCGUGGUGGGAUUUGCACUUUUCAUGGGCUUCUCUGUGCCUCAGUACUUUAGAGAAUUCGAGCUAAGGGCUGGACACGGCCCCGUGAACACCAACUCUCGAUGGUUCAACGACAUUCUCAACACUCUCUUCGGUGCCCCCGUCGUGGUCGCUUUCAUCGUAGCGACAGUGUUGGACCUGACCUUGACCAGGCACGUCUCGAAGAGGGACAGAGGCAUGUUGUGGACUCGUAAGUUCCGUAACUUCGGGCACGACAACCGGAACUACGAGUUCUACCGACUCCCUGGUGGCCUGCACAAAUUCUUCCCGCCGACAUAAUCGCCCCUUUCAUCUGAUACCCUGUGAAGCGUUUUUCGCUUGUACUAGGAUGUCUCGUGCUGUACCAUACUCUCCAAAUGGACAAGCGGGCCCCUACUUGGGGUCCUGGAAUCGUACUAGCUCAGGUGUGGAAGUCUGUGGAUACCGUAAGGUGGGAGGCUACCGGCAAAUAACAUUUGGGAGCUAGUUGGGCAUCAGCGGGUCAUUGCGUAUUCGGUAUGGUUUAGGUGCAAUUUUGUAAUUUAACUGCACGCAUUUCCGAGUGUAUAUGAAGUAAAUGCUUGCUAAGCUAAUGAUCAGGGUAUGUUUAUGAUUGGCCCUGACAAGCAAAUUGAAUUGAAAUAUAGUUAAAUUUGUACUCUUAUCUU